GAAGAAGAGCCUGACUGGGUCGACGAGUCGACUCGUAGUCGUCGUCGAGUCAGUGUGUUCCAGGACUUUACGGUGGAAGGUGGAUUCUGGUCGGUGCUUCCGUAGGCCUUUACAAAACGUUUGAUCGCGAUCAUGUCAUUCAACUUGGAGAAAGAGCGCUUCAGUGGCGUGAUCGGUAUGGUCUUGACCUGCCACCUCGAUGGCUGCGAGUUCGAUUCUCGUGCGUUCCACUGAGGCGUGAGGGAUGUGUAUUUCUGGUGAUAGAAGUUCACUCUCGACGUGGUUCGGAAGUCACGUUAAGCCGUUGGUCCCGUUGCUGAAUAACCACUGGUUCUAUGCAACGUAAAAACACCAUACAAACAAACAAACUUCGAGAGAGAUUAGGACUUAGAGGGUUAACCGAAUAUGGGAGGAGGUGAGGUGGAGGACGAUGAUGCGCCCACCGCCCACUCGUCCACGUCGGGUGGGCUGUCCCUUGCCGUGCCCAAAACCGCUACAACGCCCACACAUCCACCCACCGACCCACCGGUAGCUGCCCUGAGAAGAUACCUCGAUUCAAUGCCUCAGCAUCCUUCGCCACGGAGAGAGGUGGUGAGCGGAGUCGUCUGGAGAUGCGUCCGUGGGGAAGUGAUCGCCAGCUUCCUCCUGACGGUGGUGUCCACCGCAGCAGCCGUGCAGCCUGCAGCCCAGGCGCCCAGUCCGCCCUGUGCCCAGCCGCUCACAGUGGGCACCAUAGACGACAUCGUCACCGAAACUGGCUGGGGAUGGGCGGUUCGGUGGGCCGUGGGUCACGGGGUAGUCAUGGGCGCAGUCAGCUGGGCCGUCAGAAGCGCCCACAUCUCUCCGCCCACGUCUAUUGCACUGCUCGUCACAAGGAAGGUAUCUCUGCUCCGUGCAGUUCUUCAUAUCAUCGCCCAGAUCGUGGGCGCCCUCUUGGCCGCCCCUGUCCUUCUUGGACUUCUUCCCCGUCCGCCACGCCCACCCCAGUUGCAGCCUCAUCUCACACCUGUACAGGGCUGGGGAGCCGAGUUCCUGGCAACUCUCUUCGUCACCCUGAUUUCAUUGUCGGCCUACGAAUCCACCCACGCCCCCUCCAGGUACACGAAAGACACGCAGGGGGACACGACGACGCCCAAAUUCACGCCUUCAUCUGCUAUUCCCGUCAUAGCAGGCCACACGGCAGCCGCCCUCUUCAGCGCGGAUUUCACGGGCGUUGGUUUGAAUCCUGCACGAUCAUUAGCAGUCGCGGUGGUCACUGGAGACUGGAGAUACCACUGGGUGUUCUGGGUAGGCCCCGCCCUUGGAGGACUCCUGGCAGCCUUCACCCACGAGUACACUGGGGCCAAGGACAACGCAAACGCGACGCCCCAACAUCCUCCACUCAUCUCGAGAGACACUUCCAGGCCGUCAGCAAUCACAUCCACACUCGCUUCUCCCUGCUGAAUUGGCGCGAAGAGCGUCUUCUUUGUGCUGGCGGAGAGACUCUCACUCGUGUGAGCCUCGUUUUAUGACUAACAAGUGGAAAGGAAAGAACGUAGACGAGAUUAUUUAUUUAUUUAUUUAGUAUUUCUCGCGACACUGAAUAUCUCGUAUGAAUCAUUCGGUGCAACGGAUGUGGCAGUCUUUUUUGUUUGUUGCAUCCGCACUCGCUUCUCCAUACUGUGUGGGCGGAGCAAGUGUUGUUCUUUGACCAGUGUAUGAAAAGGGAAAAUGUAGACUUUCAUUUGAUGCCAUUUGGACUCCUGUUCAUAGAUGAGACUAUUUCGUCCAGUUUCUCGAUUGCUUUUAGGUGAAAUAGUAAAGUAUUUUAGUGUGACAUAAUAGGUAAUUCCUUCUGUUUAUUGUUUCAUUCUUGAUCAUCUCUCCAACCACCUUCGACGCACAGUCAGCAUUGUCAUCAAUUUCCAUUUAUUAAUCCCAGUGUAGUUAAUAAGUUAUUUAUGAUAAUCUAAGUAAUUUCCAGAUUGAAGGCGGUAGCAUUCACAUUUCACCAUCGUCAUCAUCACCCCUGUGGAUUUGUUGAGGCCAUUUGAAGUCCUCAUUGGGUCCAUUAUAGACAGUCCCUGUUUAUUCGUCAGUAAUAAUAGAAGCCCGGCAGUCCUGUCAGCCCUUCCGUCAAAAUCGAUGGUGGUACACAUUUUGAAGAAAAAAUAUCCACCAUAUCCCCAUCAUAACUUGUCCACUAACUCCUAUCCCAUCCAUCCAGCAAGGCACUUUCAUGUAAAUGGUCGGCAUUUAAGUCAAUUUCGGUCUUUCAUUAAACUAGUACCAUUGUAGAAAUCUUACCAACGCAGUUUGUGUAAUAAUUAGGUUCAUGCUCAUUUGCUUCCUUCAACCAUAUAUAUAUAUAUAUAUAUAUAUAUAUAUAUAUAUAUAUAUAUAUAUAUAUAUAUAUAUAUAUAUAUUGUAUAUUGUAUAUUGUAUAUAAUGGUAAAAGGAAGCUAUUACUCUCCAAGUCUUAGGUACAUUAAGAUAUUAGUAAGUCUGUAGAGUUUUUAUAAACUGAACUUGAGUUUUACUAGAGUAGACGUUGUCCUAUAUGUACAAAAAUAUAGUGUGAAAGUCUCUCAGACGACGAUAAUGGAGAAUGCUCUUUGACAGUCAAAUUUCACUGUAUUUCUGGACGAUUUUUUUCCGGUAAUGAACUGUGAAAGCCAAGGAGUGAGUGACGUAUUUGCUGCGUCUUCACUGCGGUUUGCAACAGACCUUUGAGUCUGGUGGGAGCGGUAUCUGGGUCACGACGAGGCCUGCAGAGCCAAGAAUGAUUUUAUGGUUGCAUAUGAGUCAGUUCACGAGAGUUUUAUUGAAGUAGAUUACUGUUUCAGGCGUCACAGAAAAGUACUUUGAACGAGCUUGUAGGGUGACUGACAGCCCUCUCUACCCAGGUAGGCCAGGCUUGAAGGGUAAGAGAAGCAGAGUGGAGCGUCUACCCUGAAGAAGUGAUAUACUUAACCUUAAAUGAGAGAGAGAGAGGGCGUUAUAUACGAGCCAGUUAAAGAAUUUCAAUCUUUAGAGUAGGCUACAGAGAAAGUUUCGGUCACAAACCCCAGGAAUAGUUGCAAAGGUUCAAUACACAAAGUUUAUGCAAGAUGAGGUACCCUGACGGGUUAUUUGUCUCUUGUCUGUUUUGGAGGGGUCAGUAGGAUAUAUGGCCUCAUACCUUUCGAGUCUAUGAAGUUUAUUUCGUUGAGGUUAUUUAAUGGUAGGGUCCAGCUUACCUUAAAGCCACUACGUCGUGUAGGAAAUAACAGGAGGGAUUAUGCAUAACUUACGCCCAGGCUCACGAGACGGGCAGACAGAUAUCGUAAAAUAUGCAAGGCCUAAAGGAAUAGUAAAACUAGGAGGGAAUAUGGGGCUUGACCCCAAAUAACACAGUAGACAUGCUUAGGAGACAGAAGAUGCCGUGGAAAGGGCCACUUAAUAAGAGGUCUUAGGCAUACUCUAGGGUUGCUGAAGGUUAAUCUUCUACGUUCUUUUCUUGUGCAAAGAGGCUGGUCCUUGGCGUUCUUUUCUGUGCUUAAGGUUAGUCCUUAGCGUUCUUUUAUGAACUUAAGUCAGUCUUUGGCGGUUUUUUCUCUGUGCUUAAGGUCGGCCUUUUGCGUUCUUUUCUGUGUUUUGCACCAGUCCUUGGCAUUCGUUUUGUUGCAAAAAGGCCAGUCUUUGGCAUUCUUUUCUGAGGUCAAGGCCAGUCUUUGGUAUUGUUUUCUGAGGUAUAGGUCAGUCUUUGGCAUUCUCUUCCAUGCUACAUACUAUUCCUUGACAUUCUUUUUGUUAUACAUAGGAGCAAGUCUUUGCCAGUGUUUUCUGUUGCAACAGGUCAGUAUUGAUUUUCUGUUGCUAAAAGUCAGUUUUUGGCAUUUAUUUUGUUGCAGAGUGGCCCGUCUGAUAUUCUUUAAUUCUGCAGAGGCCAGCUUUUAGAAUUCCUUCAUGUUACAGAGUGGCUAGUCUGACAUUCUCUCACAAAGCGCCUCAGUGGCGUGGUUGGUUUGGUGUUUGCUUCUCACCUCGGUGGUCGCGGGUUCGAUUCUCGGCCAUUCCAUUGAGGAGUGAGAGAUGUGUAUUUCUGGUGAUAGAAGUUCA